AUGCGUUUCUCUAAGCUUUGGCAGUUUAAGAUUACAGCAGCCAGGGGAAGAGGGGGAAACCAAAUAUUGGUUGGAGCUAACUGGAGAGCACGCAGCCGCCUCCCACUGGGGGCCCAGCAGAAAAACGCAGGGCAGACAUUUGGAGCGCCAGAGGGGCGGCCACGAGGCGUGACCGGACUGCCAGAGCAGAGGCGCGUGGGCCUGGGUAGGCUGGCUGCUCACCACUCUGACCCACCGACCGGGACCGACAGACGCCAAGGUGUGGCUGCAGCGGCUGGGACAGGCGGGAAGAGGUUGCUGGGCCCGAAAGCCGCGGGUGCCGCUGGGAUGGAGAGAGGCAGCCAUUUGAGCCACCGCUCCCCUUACACCCUCCCGCCUAAGGCGCGGCUGAUGUCAAAGGGCGCCAUGAAACCUGGCAAUGGUGAAUGUGGUAUCACCAUUAAUAUCUCCCUGUGGAAAUUCAAGACCAGCAAGUGUUAUGUGACCAUUAUCGAUGCCACAGGGCACAGACUUUAUAAAAAAAAAUCUCAAGCCAACUGUACUGUCCUAAUUGUUGCUGCUGUUGGUGAAUUUGAAGCUGGUAUCAUGAGGCAGACCCAUGAGCAUGCCCUUCUGGCUUACACACUGGGUGUGAAACAACCAUUUGUUGGUGUUAACAAAAUGGAUUCCACUGAGCCACCCUACAGCUGGAAGAGAUAUGAGGAAAUGGUUAAGAAAGUCAUCACCUACAUUAAGAAAAUUGGCUACCAUCCAGUAGCAUUUGUGCCAAUUUUUGGUUGGAAUGGUGACAACAUGCUCCAGCAAAGUGCUAACAUGCCUUCUUUCAAAGGAUGGAAACUUACCUAUAAAGAUGGCAAUUCCAGUGGAACCAUGCUGCUUGAAGCUCUGGAUUGCAUUCUGCCACCAACUUGUCCCACUAACAAGCCCUUGUGUCUGUCCCACCAGGACAUCUACAAAAUUGAUUGUAUUGGUACUGUCCCUGUGGGCCAAGUGGAGACUAGUGUUCUUAAACCUGCUAUGGUGGUCACUUCUGUUAGAAGUGUUAGAACUGAGGUAAAGUCUGUUGACAUGCACCAUGAGACUUUGAGUGAGACUCUUCCUGGGGAAAAUAUAGACUUCAAUGUCAAGAACAUAUCUGUCAAAUAUGUUCAUCGUGGCAAUGUGGCUGAUGAUAGCAAAAAUGACCCAUCAAUGGAAGCAGCUAGCUUCCAGGAUAAUCACCUGAACCAUCCAGGCCAAAUCAGUGCUGGAUAUACAACUGUGCUGGAUUUUCACACAGCUUACACUACUUGUAUUGCUGAGCUGGAGAAGAUUGAUCAUCAUUCUGGAGAAAAGCUGGAAGAUGUCCCCAGGUUAUUGAAAUCUGGUGACGCUGCCAUUGUUUGUAUGGUUCCUGGCAAGCCUAUGUGUGACAGCAUCUCUGACUACCCUCUUCUGGGCCAUUUUGCUGUUUGUGACAUGAGACAGACAAUUGCUGUAGGUGCCAUCAAAGCAGUGGACAAUAAGAUAGCUGGAGCUGGCAAGGUCACCAGGUAUGUCCAGGAAGCUCAGAAGGCUGAAUAUUAUCCCCAAUACCUGCCACCCCAGUCUUAAUUAGUGGUGGAAGAAUGGUCUCA